AUGCCACUGGACGCCAAACAUGCGAUAGCAUCGAGUCUUGUCGCAUUCAUUGCCUGGGCGCUCCUCACGGACUGGAUUCCCGCGCUCCGCUGGGUUCCCCACGCUUUUCUCGCCGGAGUGCUCGCUGCAAUAGUUGGUACGCUGGGUGUUGUGGUAGCAACAUCGCGUGGGACCAUUGAUGAAGAAGAUUGGAAUGUCAAUGCGCCGCUUCGUUAUGGCCCCAUCGCGCCGGCCUUCAUCGCGCGCGGCGCAUGGGUGGAGCAAAAGGCGGCUUUGAAAGGUCGCGAGGAGUACCGUCGGCCUGCUAUAUUCCCCGGCGAGAUACGCUUUUCCAAGGCGGUAGAUGGCCUGCUAGACCUCGUACUGCGCGAUUUUGUGACGAGUUGGUACGGACACAUCAGUAAACGCUCGCUGUUUCAGAACGAGAUUGAUCGCUGCAUACGCGCUGUGUUGCUGUCAAUCACAGCACGGCUGACAGACCUGGACUUGGUGGAGCUGGGCAUCUCCAGGGUGCUCCCCAUCGUCACAGCCCAUCUCAAGGACUUCUACGAUGCAGAGAGAAUGGUUAGAGGCAAAGGCUUGGAGAAUAAUGUCACUGAGAGUGACGAGCUGAACACGGCGAUUGCAGGGAAGUACAGGACUGGCAAACUACAUCCUGUAGCAUCGCUGCACCAUUCAGACACCGCUGCGUCAGUGAAAGAGCAUCUGCGAAAGCUGGUCGAGAAGAUUAUGCCCGCUGUCCUUCCGUCGAACAUGAAGUCGAGCCCGGCUGUAUCCGUGCUGAUACGUGAGAUAGUCUCUCACGCGGUACUUGCCCCUGUUGUCACCAUGCUUGCCGAUCCAGACAUGUGGAAUCAGAUGAUCGUGAAUAUUGGCGGCGCGACACUGCACGAUCGCAAGACCGUUCGUAAAGUUCGCGCGGCCCUGGAUCAACAUGCUCCCGCGUCCCCUCGAGGUCAGCGAAGCACUCAAUUCCCGCGCUUGCGACCGUAUGACAGCGAGAGGCAAUUCGAGCGUUUCAUUCGGGCCAUCAGACAGGUAUCUACACUUACCGAUGCCCGGCGAUUUCGAAGUGAGAUUAUGAGCCAGCUGAGACGAGAUGCACGAGUCGACGCUCAAGAUGCAGCAUACCUACGCCGUCUGGAGACUGGUCGGCGCCUGAUUGAUCAGCGCRUCACCAGUCUUUCGGCAGAGGGGGCAUCGACGGCACAAGCUAAACUGUCUCUCGAUAUAAAUUCUCUAGGAUCCAACGAGGAAGCUGCUGAUCGAAAACGACAAGCAUCGUUGAGAGAGGUCAUUUACGAUGCUGCUGGCCUCAGCUAUUUCAUGGAGUUCAUGGACCGCCAAAACCUGAUGAGAUUGGUACAGUUUUAUCUUGUUGUUGAUGGAUUUCGUGGUCCAUUGGAAGGCGACUACGAUGAACCCCCGCCAACCGUAGCCUCCGAUCCUGAUCGAAUGGACAUUGGGCAAAUGUACACCGAAUACCUAGCCAAACCGGAGCUACGGACUUCGGAUAACCUGCUGCAACCUGUCAGACAAUAUCUCAAAGCCGGGACCAAAGCAAGCAGCACACAGUAUGUUGCUGCGCGGCGUUCCGUGCUCCAAGCUCAAACGAAGGUAUACAAUAUUAUGAAGGAGACACACUACGACAACUUCAAGGACUCAGACCUCUACUACAAAUGGCUGGCAAUCGAUGACAACCCGUCAUUUGCUUCGUCCCAAACUCCGGAAGGAKACCUCUUAUCGCCAGACAGCCCUCUGUCUCGUGAGUCGUCCCCAGGCCGGACUCGCAGACCACAUCUUGGCGCGUCACAAAAAGCACCCGAGUUGCGUCGGGCGGUAUUGUCGACAUCAGAUUUGAUGACCACUGGCCGAACAUCAUCGACUAGCAGCCUCUUUUCAGACGCUCCUCGUCGUUCGCUCGAUGACACCAACACCCGUGCCGCGUUGUUCGGUGACGAUGUAGACGAUGAAAGGCUUGAGCAGUCUGUUACAAGUAUAAGAAGUUAUGAUUCCGAUGGCGAAACAGCACAGAGAGCUCAAGAUGAGGCAAAGGCCGUCAGAAAUAUGCAGCUCGCGCUUGACAACAUUGUGGGCGACAAACAAGACCGAGACUCCUUGUUUUCGGAAACCUCGGCGAGGAAGUCUUUGGAUGACGACCGCUCGUCAUUAGGGGACGUCGCGCAGAAGCCAGCGUUGACGUCUUCGCACACCACGUCAUAUGCAGAAAAGAAGAGCAUUGCAUCGCUUGGUCUUGUUGGUGCACCAUCCAGCCGAGGUGUCUUUGUGGACGACCUCUUCGGAGAUGAGGCAGAAAAGUUCGCGGAAGACGACCGGGAAGACUCAGAUGGCUCCGGCGCUGAUGACCAAGUUCAGGAAGCUGCGCCAGGUGAUCUCGGCUUGGCAGAAGCUAUUGACGUCUUGAACACCGAAGUGGAAAGAUUGACGGCACAGCGAAGCGUCCUUGACUCUCUCACGGCCAAAGCAGAGCUCACGAAUAACACCGCCGAGCUGCGUAUAUUGCGAAAGUCUGAGCAGAGUUUACAACGCGAGAWAAAGCGCAAGGAGAUGCAAAGACAGCAAUACAUCGUGCAGGAGAGCGACAACAGUCUGUACGGUCGAGCAGCCAUCAKUAUCAAAUCUGUAAUGGUCGGCCGAGAAGAGGACGGACAUGAGUUUGCACUAUAUGUUAUCGAAGUCAGGCGACAGGCUGGUAAUCAGAUUCCAUCUKCUACAUGGGCAGUCACGAGAAGAUACAGCCAGUUCCACGAACUUCACAAGAGACUCAAGGCGCGGUUCCCCACGGUCAAAGAGCUUGACUUCCCACGACGCCAGACACUCUUCACACUUCAGAAGGACUUCUUGCAGAAGCGCCGCAUGACCCUGGAGAGAUAUCUAAAAUCUUUGUUGCUUGUGCCAGCAAUCUGCCGGAGCCGCGAGUUGCGGGCAUUCCUAUCCCAGUCGGCGAUAGCCUCCAACGGCAGCAACGGAACCCAAGUCGACGCGAAAGACUUUGUGACUCGAAUCUACAAUUCCGUCUCGGAUGGAAUGGAAGAGUUCCUCGGCAACAUCCCUGUACUGGAUCAACUGUCCGUCGCUGGUCAGAAUCUCAUUUCUGCAGCAUCCGCUCAGAUCAACGGUGGGCCGGCAAUUGAAGCUCUUGAWCCAGCUGCCCAAGACCCAAGCACAGCGGCAGAAGCAGAAGCUGAGCUGCAUGCAUAUGAAACCAAGGAGGUCGAGCCAUUCGUCAAACCUAUUUGUGACCUCUUCCUCGAGACAUUCGAACUAUCAAAAGGUAACAGCUGGCUGCGCGGUCGGACAGUUGUAGUUGUAUUACAUCAACUGUUGGGUGGAACGAUUGAACGGAAGGUUCGUGAAACAGCACGAAACGCCCUACAAGACGAAGGGCUAGCCAAAUACAUUGACAUGGUUCAAAACAUCAUGUGGCCRGAUGGAAACAUGCGCCCUGCGUCGAUCCCUCGAACGUCUCAGGAGAAGGCCAGGACUCGAAAGGAAGCAGGACUCCUUCUUGGCGCGCUGAUACCUGAUAUCGCUGGAAGUGUGGUGGGCAGGGCCAACGCGCAGGCGGCAAGUCGAAAGAUUAUUGCUAUGCUGAACAACCCAAGGCUGAACACGCAUUUGGUGUUUUCUCUGAUAGACGAGAUCUUGGGACUCGUGUUUCCCGAAAUUACAGACACGUAA